AUGUACGGUCAUGGUGCAAUGACGGAGGCAGAGCUGAACGAAAAGUAUCCUAACCGACCCCAUAAUCACUCCAAAACCCUCCCUUUUCAUGAUCUCUACCUAACGCUCUUCAACCCUCUCAAUGAGAACAAAAAGAAGCCGUCAGGACCAGUAACGGCUCGCAAGAAGGUAGGUCCUUUCGGCGCGCCUUCUACGCCCAACGAUAUCCGCAGGUCUAUCAUUGAGCGCUUCAUCUCGAGGUGGCGUAAGGAAGUUGGCAACGACAUCUAUCCGGCCUUUCGCCUCAUUGUGCCCGAGAAGGAUCGGGACCGUGGCAUGUACGGGCUCAGGGAGACGACGCUGGGCAAACUGUUCGUUCGUGUCAUGAAGAUCGACAAGAAUAGUGAAGACGGAUACAAUCUGCUUCACUGGAAGCUACCUGGCAUCAAAGCUUCUAGUGCCAUGGCUGGCGAUUUCGCCGGCCGCUGCUUCGAGGUUAUCAGUAAGCGUCCAAUGCGAGCAACGCCCGGCAACAUGACAAUCGCUGAGGUCAAUGAACUGCUCGACCGGCUGUCGGUGGCGCAGAAGGAAGAAAAUCAACAACCCAUUGUCGAAGAGUUCUACAAACGCAUGAACGCCGAGGAGCUUCUGUGGCUUAUCCGGAUGAUUUUGCGGCAGAUGAAAAUAGGCGCCACCGAGAAGACGAUCUUUGAGAGCUGGCAUCCGGAUGCUGAGAAUCUCUUCAACAUCUCGAGCAGUCUGCGUCGCGUCUGCUGGGAGCUGUAUGAUCCAGAUGUCAGGCUUGUGGGGACGCAGCGCGGUAUCAACCUCAUGCAAUGCUUUCAGCCGCAGCUUGCAGCGUUCCAAAUGCGCUCCAUGGAUAUUAUGGUGUCCCGGAUGAACCCCACCGAGGACGACCCUGUCUUCUGGAUCGAGGAGAAGCUUGACGGCGAGCGGAUGCAACUGCACAUGAUCGAAGACGAAGAAAUACCAGGUGGCAAGCGCUUCGGCUUCUGGUCACGGAAGGCGAAAGACUACACAUAUCUGUACGGCAAAGACUUUAGCGACGAGACCGCUGCCUUGACACGUUAUCUAAAGGACGCAUUCAAUGUUGGAGUCCGCAAUAUCAUCUUAGACGGCGAGAUGAUCACUUGGAACCCCGCUGAGGACACAGUGGUACCAUUUGGGCAUCUCAAGACAGCGGCCCUUUCCGAGCAGGCCAACCCAUAUGCCGAAGGCAACCGUCCAUUAUACCGAGUCUUCGACUGUCUGUACCUUAAUGAUACAGAUCUCACGCAGUACACCCUACGCAAACGCCGCGAGGCUCUCGAGGCAAGCGUAAACACCAUACAUCGGCGCAUGGAGAUUCACGAGUAUUUCGAAGCUACCAAGGCCUCUGACAUCGAGCCUCACCUGCGCCGCGUCGUCGCAGAGGCAAGCGAAGGCUUGGUGCUGAAGAACCCACGCUCGCGGUACCGUCUCAACGAACGUAACGAUGACUGGAUCAAAGUCAAGCCCGAAUAUAUGACAGAGUUCGGCGAGGAGCUCGACUGCGUUGUUAUUGGUGGCUACUAUGGCUCUGGGCACCGCGGAGGCAGACUCAGCAGCUUCAUGUGCGGACUGCGGGUCGAUGACGAUAUUCGCGCGUCCUCACAAGGCACAAAUCCGCAAAAGUGCUACUCCUUCUUCAAAGUUGGUGGUGGCUUCUCCGCGUCUGAUUAUGCUGAGGUUCGUCACCAGACCGAGGGCAAGUGGAUCGAUUGGGAUGCAAAGAACCCGCCAAAGGAGUGGAUCGAACUCGGCGGAGGCUGGGAGAGACAGUUUGAGAAGCCUGAUGUUUGGAUCAAGCCUGAGGACUCGAUAGUGCUGUCGGUUAAAGCCGCCUCAGUCACCACCACCGACCAAUUCAGAACGCUUGUUACCCUGCGCUUCCCGCGGUUCAAGAAGAUACGCACCGACAAGGACUGGAAGUCUGCAUUGUCAGUUCACGAAUUCAACAGCCUCAAGCAGCGUGCCGAGACCGAGAAACACGAAAAGCAAUUCAAGAUCGAUGAUGCAAGACGAAAGCGCACGAGUCGGAAGCGGAAGCGAGGUCUUGUCGUUCAAGGCCAGGACGAACAUGUCACGACGCCGUACGCUGGACCUGCAACCAAAGUCUUUGAAGGCUUGAGCUUCUUCGUUCUGUCGGAGGCGCUAAAGCCGCAGAAGAGCAGCAAAGCCGACUUGGAGCAGCUGAUCAAGGCGAACGGCGGAAACGUGGUAGCGUCGGAGAAGGACUCGAAAACGCUCCUGGUCGCGGACAGAAACCUUGUGAAGGUGGCAAGCUUGCAAAAGCGUGAUGAAAGGAAUAUUGUCCGGCCAUGCUGGCUUUUCGACUGCAUCAAGCAGGGUGAGCUGCUGCCCUUCGAACCGCAGCAUCUCUUCUACACUAUUUCGACGGAUGCAGGAAAAUUUGAUGAUGCUGUCGACGAAUAUGGUGACAGCUAUGCAAGAGACGCAACACCUGACGAGCUGUUGACACUCUUCAACCGCAUGCCCUCCCGAAGCAUAGCUGCAAACGACUCAGCGACUGACAAUAAGUCUGUGGCUUACGAUACGCCAAUCGAAAACGGAGACACCAUCAGCGUGCCGCAGCUCAUAGAGCAAUUGCACCUGGAAAACCAGCUCGAUACACUGCCCGGCUGGAUGUUCCACGGUGUCAGAGUCUACUGCACAGGGGCGUUAGCCGAGACAAGACGACGUCUUGACUUCGCUGGUGCUCACAUCAGUGAGGAUCUUGACGAUGCUAGUUUGACGCACGUCAUCAUCCCUGCUGACUCUGCUCGGGCCAAGGAGAUCAGACAAGCGAUUGCUUCGAAAAAGCGUCUGCCAAGACUUUGUAUACCCGCAUGGGUGGAAGAUAGUUGGCGGGAGAAGACAAGACUGGAUGAAGACCGCUAUGCGCCGCCAUAA